AGAGGGUUAAGGGCCUUGCUCAAGGGCCCAACAGCAGUAGUUUGGCAAUGCUGGGGCUUGAACCCGAAACCGUCUGAUGGGUAACCCAGAGCCUUAAGCAUUGAGCCACCACUGCCCCAAUUUUUUCCCAUACAGAGACUCAGCUCGAUAAAAAUAUACUUAUUAUAUAAAGUAGUGAAUACGUGACGCUCAAAACGUUGACUUUGUUAUUGAGCAACUGUGAAACGAACCAACACGACUCUCAGAAUCAGAUUCGACACUCGGAACCGACUCUCGGAACCGACUCACCGACUCCUGAGCGCCCUCUGGCUCUUCCAAAACUUUCUGGUCUCCGUGCGAUUUCCUCCUCCUACUUGUUUUCACUUCCUGUUUUGUAAAGGGAGUCACUCAACAUAGAUUCGUUCAUUUCAGCUUUCCCGUGCUGUCUUUUUCAUUAGUUUCACACCCAGCCGGUUUACUGAAAGCUCUAAUACUGAUCUUUUUAAUGGCGGAUGGAUUGAUGAACUGUCUGCUAUCCGCAGCCCUGAUGGAUUUUACCUAGAUGUUUUUGUUGGGCAGAAUGGUCCUUGCUCUUCUCUUUGCUGGAGUAAUUCUGAAUCCAGUUUAAAACUUUCCAGCCUUUGUUUGUUAAAAAUAAAAACCAGCCAUGUCACAGCUGUAGAGGAAGUUGCGUCGCGUGUUUGCAGCGUCGCCUUGUUUUGUUUGUGCGAACUUUUUUUUUCUUGUACUGUUUUUUUUUUUUUUUUUUCUUUAAUAUCCCUCCGGUGCUGAGCGUUGCCAUGGCCGAGCUGAACGCGGCGCUGUGCUGCUGUUGCCGGAAGGCGCUGCCGGUCCCCGGUAAAGCUCGGGAAGGUGCUCGGUCACUCGGUCGAUGCCGGCUGGUUGACGUCGCCUCGGCGUCAAACUUCCACAGCUUCUCGCUGCGACACUUCCACCUGGACCUGCGGGUGAACUUCGGCCUGAAGAGGAUCACCGGCUGGCAGGUGCUGGAGCUCGCGACGCUGCAGCCCGGUGUACAGGCGCUGGUUCUGGACGUGCACCCGUCUUUACUCAUCCACUCUGUGGACUGCAAGGUCCCAGGCACGUCCGGAUCUCCCGAUAUCAUCUUCUCGCUCUCUUACAAACUCGAGCCGUUCACCGACUACGGGUCCUCGCUCCGCAUCACGCUCCCCGCCUCUGCGAUCCGGCCACACCGUCCCUUCCGGGUCACCCUCCGCUACACCACCACAGACGGACCUGCGAUCUGGUGGUUGGACACACAGCUUACGUGUGGUCAGACGCAGCCGUUGGUCUUCACUCAGGGUCACUCUGUGUGCAAUCGUUCCUUUUUCCCCUGCUUUGACACUCCAGCUGUCAAAAGCACCUACUCUGCUACCAUCAGGGUUCCCGAUGGAGUGACGGUGCUAAUGAGUGCCUCCAGGAGUGUAUACUCUAAGCAGGACCGGCUGUUCCAGUUCUCUAUGGAGUACCCUGUUCCUGCCUACUUGGUAGCCCUGGUGGCUGGAGAUCUACAGCACGCUGACAUCGGGCCCAGGAGCCGUGUGUGGGCUGAGCCCUGUCUCCUGACCUCUGCUGUUAGUAAGCUGGGAGGCAGCGUGGAGCGCUGCCUCGACGUGGCCGAGCAGCUCUUUGGCCCUUAUGUGUGGGGCAGGUACGACAUUGUAUUCCUCCCCCCGUCAUUCCCUAUCGUGGCGAUGGAGAACCCGUGUCUCACCUUCAUCAUCUCCUCCAUUCUGGAGAGUCAGGAGUUCCUGCUGAUUGACGUCAUUCAUGAGAUCGCUCACGGCUGGUUCGGAAACGCCGUCACCAACGCCACCUGGGAGGAGAUGUGGCUGAGUGAGGGACUAGCCACGUACGCACAGAGACGCAUCACUACAGAGGUUUAUGGCGAAGCCCUGACCUGUCUGGAGACCGUCUUCCGUUUGGACGCGCUGCACAGACAAAUGCGUCUUCUUGGAGACAACAAUCCAGUGAGCAAGCUACAAGCCAAGUUUGAACCAGGGGUUAACCCCAGCAGUCUGAUGAACCUGUUCACCUAUGAGAAAGGCUUUUGUUUUGUCUCGUACCUCUCGCAGCUGUGUGGUGACAUCAAAAGAUUUGACACUUUCCUCAAGGCCUACAUCGAGCAGUUCAGGUUCAGCAGUGUGGUUGCUCAGGACUUGCUAGAUUUCUUCUUGGGCUUCUUUCCUGAGUUGAAGGAGAGCUGUGUAGCGCAGCGAGAGGGACUGGAGUUUGAGCGCUGGCUGAAAGAGUGCGGCCCUCCUCUGUGCGAGCCGGAUCUUUCCGCUGGCGGUAUGUUGACUGGGCCGGUCCAGCACCUUUGUGAACUCUGGGGCAUGGAGUCACCUGAUCGCGGAGCAAUUGCUAACUUUGACCUCUCCACAUGGAGCACCUUCCAGACCGUUCUCUUCCUGGACCGAUUACUGGACCGCUCACCUCUGCCACAAGAAGUGAUGAGUCUCCUAUCGAGCUGCUAUUCGGUUAUGCUGGACGGCAUGAAUGCCGAGGUGCAGAUACGCUGGCUGCAGGUCGUAGUGAGAAACAGCUUCUAUCCUGACCUGCAUCGUAUUCGCAGUUUCCUGCACAAACAUACCUCGCGCAUGUACACCGUGCCUCUGUAUGAGGACCUGUGUGGAGGAGUUCUGAAGUGUUUCGCUGUCGAGGUGUUUUACCAAACGCAGGACCGCUUACACCCCAACCUACGCAAGGCGUUGCAGCAGAUUCUAUUCCAAACUGGUGCGGCAAGCACCUCUAACACCCCGGCCCUGGUCGGCCCAGCUCAGUCCACUCCAUCGCCACCCCCAGACCCACCCACUAAUGGGACAAUGCCACUGCUCGAUGUCAACGUGUCCGCGUGACACUUUAGAGAGCUGCAGGGGACACUGAGUAAGUGAACUGAGAACUGAAUGGAGAAGCCCAUCUCAGGAGGCCGGCCUCUCUGCUGUGUGUGUGUGUGUGUGUGUGUGUGUGUGUGUGUGUGUGUGUGUGUGUGUGUGUGUGUGUGUGUGUGUGUGUGUGUGUGUGUGUGUGUGUGUGUGUGUGUGUGUGUGUGUGUGUGUGUGUGUGGAAUCUCCAAGACUGGGAUUUUUUUUACAUGCACCUUCAAUAUUCACAUUCAAGCUGCUCAGGUUCUGUGGAGUGAAGUGGGGGACACACAUCAUUUACUGUGUUUAAAAAUGGUUUAUAUAUAUAUAAUAUUUGUGUGUGUGUGUGUAAGACUGUGCAUAAGGGUGCAUAUGGAUGUGUCAGGUACAGAUUGGCAUCUUUCAAAACAUGUUAAUGAGUGUGUGUUUUGCACUCUGCCUAUGUUCGAAAGUGUUUCGCACCCUUGAAAACUCACGUAUGCCACUGACCUCAGAUAAGACGAAUUUGACCAGUAAUGGACUUCGUAUCAGUGACUGGAAUUAAAAGCCAAGCUAACGACACGUGAAAGCUGCUCAUUGAUUAAAGAUGUACUUUGGCCAAAAAUGAAAAGUACACAAUUUUCUUUUUAAUGCAGAUGUAGAAGAUCAGCCAAGGAAGUUCUUGUUCUUCUUGUUCUUCUUCUAGCCUCCAGUUCAGCAUUAUACAAGCUACAUUCCUAAAUCACACACCAGCGUCACAGCGCAGCAAGUGGUUAACGGAAUUCUCAACCCUGGAACACACGUUACAUAUAUUUGUACUGAAAUAUUAGUGAUUUUUGUGUUAAUUUGUUGGUUGGUGCUGUAUGAGAAGUUAGUGGUUGGCUGCUUACAAAGGUACAAAGGAAUAACAGUCAGGUAACGUUCAGCUUCAUAUUAAUGAGAAAUGAGUGAAUCAGUGGAGACAUUGGUGCAAAAGUUGGACUCCAGAGUUCCAGAAUGCAGUGAGUUACCACAGCUCAGCUAGUCAGCCAUCUACGAGAUGACAAACACGAUGGCGUUGUUGGUGGUUUUAGCAUGAACGUUGAAGAGUUCGAACCUGAUCUGUUUGAUUAGAGUGCACAGAUGAGGAAAUGAGAGCACUGCUGCAUCAAAUAGG